CAAGUUUUUUGAUUGAGAAGACAUGUUUGAAGAGGCAGUGCUGCAUGAUACAGGGGGCUGCGGCUGCUGCCUGAGGAUGACAUGGUGCAGCAUGCACAGCCUCUCCUCACCCUCAAGAUCGUGCUCACACUUUACAAGAAUGUGUAGGAUCCAAAAUCAAGUUCCCUCAUAUCGGUCAAUAAAGUUUCUGUUUGCGCGUACCCUUUCAUGAGGGUAAUUUGUCCCAACUAUGGCAGAAUUCGCAGCAAGUAUCAUUGGCAUCGUCUCUGCUGGCACAAAGGUAGCACUGGUGCUGUCACAACUCUCCGCAGACGUAGGAUCAGCUGGCCACGAGGCAAGGAUGAUUGGUGGUGAGAUCCGGUCAUUCUGUUCAGUCCUGAAGACCCUUGGCGAAACGAUUGAGAACCUUGAGAAGUCGCCCCGUUAUGCUCACUGUUCCGAAUUGAUUAAGGACAUGACAGAUGACAGUCUUCAGAUGUUCACAGAGAUCCUUAAUGCAGUGGACAAACUUAAAAAGAUGACGACGGGAAGAGGAGGCAAGGAUGGUAAUUUUGGACUCGUUGAGCGGGUCCAAUGGGCAGUCUUCAAGAAACCGAAGCUUCUAGUCUUGCGAGCCGCAAUUGAAGCUUACAAGACGAACCUGACAUUGAUGCUGAGCACCUUGAGCACAGCUGAGAGGGUCAGACGAACAUCUGAACCGCACAACGCAGCCACUAUAGCUCAGGAUAGGCAGGAUCAAACACUACUCGAAAGUCUCGAACUGGAUCGCGAAGCAACUUUAAUCGAGCUUGCACAGGCCGAACGUCAAUAUGAGGAGGCAGAGUCAUCCACCAGUAUACUUGAUGUGGCUCCAGUCUCCAGCCCACCGGCUUACGAUACAAUCGUGAUGUAUGUUGACCCAGAGGACUCUGGCUUGGUCAGCUCAGCUCGAGAAGAAAUCCGGUCCAUAAGAUCCAGCCUUUCGAGAGUUGCAGUAAUCGAUCACGAAGACCUUGAAGCAAAGAUUGUCCGUCACAGCAAACGGGUUUCUAGCAUGCUAGAGGACGACAAAAAGAGACUAUCACAGCGCUGGUCGUUGAGUCUACAGGAAGAUUCUGGGACGGUUCCAGACGACAUCUCGUUGAAGCUGCUGGAUAAAGCCCCUAGCGGGGAAAUUUCUAAUCAGAAUGCACCGAACUCGGUGCGAAAGGAAACAUCUUUUUCAACUGGGCCGCAAGGUGACCACGAGGAAUUAUUGGUGUUUGAUCCACGCAUGACCGCACAAUACAAGUUGUUCUUGUCAUGGGUUACUGAACUGGAAGCGCCAGAGCGGCAGGAAGUACUUGGCACAUUGAAACACGAUGUACGGCAGUUGCGCAAACGAAAUGCAAAUCUUUCAGUGAUCUCUACUAUCACACCUGAAGUCACACCCGUAUCUUCACCAGUCCGGAGCAUAUCGGGUCUACUGUCGUCUUUCAGAUCGACCGAUUCGAUGUCCACAACAAAUACCGACCAACAAACGCUUAGAUCUCGCUCAGGUUCUCGACGUAACCGCAAAGUAUCCGCUUUGCCAGCUUUACAAUAUGCGAAGCCAAUUGAUACUAGAGCCAGUUUCUUGUUGGACCGAAGUCAGAGGCCACCAGGAAGGAGGCCUUCUCCAGCUAGUCCCACGUCACCUACUGAAGACACAGGACGUUUGCUGAACAGAUCUCGCCCUCGGCCUUUAUCGCCAGCAUUGACCAGUAUCGGGUCAUCUACCGCAUCGACUCCUCGACAAGAAGCACUUGCUAGACUUACAGCCCUUGGACAGGAGCCGAGUUCUCAACCAGGGUCUGCGUCUCUACCAGCGCUUCCCUCUGCUGACGAGACGCUGCCCAAGAUUCGCAUCUCCAACCACCGCAGGUCCCGCUCUGAGCACACAUUAACCGUAGCCAGACUAGGUGUCCCUCCCAUUGACCACCAUGCAUCACGCAGACGCUCUGUUCAUGACCUGCAUCAGGAAAGUGAGCCAUCUGGAGGCAGGGAAUCUCGGAACCUUGCAUCGGACACAUCUGGCAGCGACACAGACGACGAGGGUUCGUCAGCGUGGUGGAAGUCCGUUGGCAACAUCUCACCUCAGCCCUACCGCCGGCCAGACCAAAUUCUGUCGCGCACAAAAUCCAAGCGGCAGCUAGCCAUGCAAGAUGUGUACAUAUGCAGGUCCAGCCACUCCGCCGCAUGGGCGUCCGGUGGAUCCAGUGGAACCCAGUAAUCCCACUUAUGAUGCCUCGGCUCUUCGCAGU